CUUAAAGUAGAUUCCAAACUCGUUAGUUCUUAGAAUAUCAGUUAUUAUAAUAGCAAAAAGAUAUCAACUAAUUUACGAUGUGCUAAAUUCCUAACAGUGCCUUAAAAUUAUAGUGCAAUAUUAUCAAUAACUCAUGAAGUGUUAUAAAAUCGGACGUAUUUUGUUUUCAUUAUGACGAAGCGCCGAAGAAUAGUUCAAGCUGACAAAAUAAUACAAAAUGUUAUGAAUGUAUUUUGUUUAUUAAUGUUUUUACAAUUAAAAGGUUAUUACUCGAGCGUAAGUAAUCCAGUGUUAUUAUAUACGACAGCUUCUGAUAUUCGAGUAACGAAUACUUCAAAAUUAGGUAAAAUUAAUGCAAUAAUUAAAGGCUUAGAACAAGGCUCUGCUGUCGAUUUUUUAUACAGGAAGAAUUUAGUAUGCUGGUCUGAUCAGACCGCGGAAUUGAUACAAUGUAUGGAAUACAACAACACGCAUACUGGAGAAAAAAUAAAGCUAGUAUCAAAAGGCUUAAUCACUCCAACGGGCAUAGCAAUCGACUGGUACACAGAGAAAAUAUAUUGGACAGAUGGUGAAACUAAUAGAAUAGAAGUGAUAAGUAUAGAUCAAAAGUAUAGAAAAGUUUUGUUCUGGACUGAUGUUGACCUUGCUAGAGCCAUUGUAGUAGUACCUAAGGAAGGAUUGAUGUUUUGGACUGAUUGUGGUGAAAUCCCAAAAAUCGAAAGAGCCGGUAUGAAUGGGGACUCGGCAACGCGCAAAGUUAUUGUAAAAGAUGAUAUUUUCUGGCCGAAUGGAAUAACGGUCGACUAUAAUAACAAUCUCAUAUACUGGGUCGAUUCCAAGUUACAGUUUUUUGAUGUUAUGGACUUCAAUGGCAAUAAUAGAAAAAAAGUUGUUAGGGAGGGUUUGAAAUAUCCAUAUGCUUUAACAUUUUUUAAUGAUAGGUUAUUUUGGAUUGAUUGGAAAACUUUGGAUAUAUACACAAUGGAUGUUACAACAAAUGGUGCUAUUAAGGAACUAAUCAAGUCAGAUUCAGUCCCAGUUGAUAUUAAGGUAUUUGACAACAGCAGGCAACUGAUGCCCACCGGAGAUUAUCCUUGUAAAACCAAUGAGGAUUGUUCACAUUUGUGCCUUUUAGCACCCAAUCCACCUGGAUAUGUGUGUGCUUGUCCAACCGGCGUAAAGCUAAAGGAGGGUAGUAAUACAACCUGUUAUGAUGGCCCACAGUCAUUUCUGCUAGUAGCUCAAAGAUCUGUCAUUUCAAGGAUAUCGCUUGACACACCAGACUUCACACCCUUUACAUUACCUCUGAAGGAUUUGAAGAGAGCUCUCACUAUUGACUUUGAUCCCAAAACUGAAUAUAUAUACUGGGCAGAUAGUUUGUCCAAGACAAUAUCGCGCGCGCGCCUGGACGGCAGCGAGCAGAGCGUGGUGGUGCACAGCGGCGGCGUGCCCGAGAGCAUCGCCAUCGACGUGCUGGCGCGCAACCUGUACUGGACCGACCCCGUCGCCGACACCAUCAGCGUCGCGCGCCUCGACGGCAGCGCCACCAAGGUCAUAAUCCACGACGAGCUAUACAACCCGCGUGCCAUUGCACUGCACCCGACUGCCGGCUGGAUGUUCUGGUCCGAUUGGAACGAGAAGAAGCCCAAGAUCGAACGAGCCAACUUGGAUGGAACUAACAGAAUUUUGCUGAUCUCGGAGAAACUCACCUGGCCUAAUGGAAUUGCUUUAGAUACUGUGAACAAUAAAUUAUAUUGGGGUGAUGGAAGAACCCACAAAAUAGAGGUAUGCAAUAUGGACGGAUCGAACCGGCGGGAAUUACUAUGUAGUUAUAGUGAUAUUUUACACAUUUUUGGGUUGACGCUACUCGGCGAACAUCUAUAUUGGACAGACAUGCAAAGAAGGACGUUAGAUAUGAUAAACAAAGAUACAGGUUUAGAAAGACAACCUGUUGUGGAACAAAUGGCUAAUAUGAUGGGUGUCAAGGCGUUUCGUUUGGGAGAACCACUCGGACAUAAUCCGUGUGUAGACAAUAAUGGAGGAUGCUCGUAUCUCUGCUUUAACAGACCUAAUGACUAUGUUUGUAGCUGUCCACUUGGUUUGGAGCUCGCUAGCGAUCGAAAAACAUGCAUCGAGCCAGAAGCAUUUCUCAUAUACAGCAGAAAAAACGUAAUCGGUCUGAUCAGUAUAGAAAAUGAGAACAACGACGCUGUGCUUCCGAUACGAGAAUUAAAAGAAGUCAGUGCCUUAGCUGUUCACGUAUCAGGCUCAAAGAUAUAUUGGUCCGACAGCAAAACCAAAACAAUAAAUCGAUGCUCUGUAAAUGGUUCGGAUACAGAGAAAAUACUUGAAUGGACGGGUCUAGUGGAAGGCUUAGCAAUUGAUUGGUCCGGUCAGAACAUUUAUUGGACCGAUACAGCAACUCAGCGGAUCGAAGUGGCGAGGUUAGACGGAUCGAGCAGGCGGACUCUCAUCUGGCAAGGUCUCAAAAAACCUAAAAGCAUCGUGCUCGACCCUCGCAAGGGCUUCAUGUACUGGUCGGAGCUGGGCUCGCGGAGCAUCAAGCGCGCGGCCAUGGACGGCUCGUCGGGCGGCGUGCUGCUGGAGGCGGCGGGGCGCGCGCACGCGCUGGCGCUGGACGCGGAGGCGCGCGCGCUGUACUGGGCCGCGCUCGACCCGCCCGCGCUCGAGCGCGCCGCCCUCGACGGCAGCGCGCGCCGCCUGCUGGCCGCCGACAUCCCCAUGCCCUACGCGCUGGCGCUGUACGGCGACCGCCUCUUCUGGGGGGACUGGAACACGGGAUUAAUAGAGGUCGCGCAAAAAUCGAACGGCACGAACAGGAAGACGAUUCAUACACGACUGGACUACAUAUCGGACCUGAAGGUGUACCACCGCGGCCGCGACUCGCUGCCCAACCAGUGCGGAGUGGACAACGGGGGCUGCACCCACCUGUGCCUGCCGCUGCCCAACAACGACUACCGCUGCGCCUGCCCCACGCACUACCGCCUCAACCGCGACAACCUCACUUGUUCGGAACCUGAAGAGUUUUUGUUGUUUGCACAAAAAAACGCCGUAGGUCGGAUUGUAGUCGCGAACGGAGAGUGCAACGACGCGUUCAUACCAUUAACCAGUCUUAAAAGUGUGCGUGCCAUAGAGUAUGACCCUGUCGAUAGAUAUCUGUAUUGGAUGGACGACGAAUCGCAUUCAAUCCGACGAGUACCAAUCUCGUAUUCGACCACAUCCGCCAUCACAGACUCCACGACAGUCGUCACAGGUCUGUCUAGACCGUUUCACAUGGUCCUAGACGUGCUGGGGCGAGCCCUGUACUGGACGUGCCUGGACACGGACUCGAUCAAUGCAACCUCUAUCGACAACAACUCGUCAGUCGGCGUCAUAUUAAGGGGCGAGAAAAUGAUGCCACGACACUUGGCAUUCCAUCAGACUAAGAGGGUGCUGAUCUGGAGUGACGCGGGCUCGGGCGCCAUCAUGCGCGCCAACGUGGACGGCACCGCCCGCAGCGAGCUUGCGCGCGUGGCCAACGUUACCGCGCUGGCCGUGGACCAGGCCUCCGCCACCGUGUACUGGGCCGUGGCGCGACAGAUACACGCCAUCGACCUCGACUCCAUCGGCAGCAAACGAGUGGUGUGGCAGGGCGGCUGGGUGGGCGCGCUGGCAGCGUACGGCGGCUCGCUCUACCUCUGCGGGAGCGAGCGCGCGCCCAUGCGGCUACCGCUCCACCGGCGAGACGCGCCGGCCGCGCCGCUGCCACACCUCGCGCGCCUCGUGGCCGCCGUGCCCGUGCACAGGGUGGCGCGCGAGCACCCGUGCUUCGGGGGGCGCGCGUGCGGCGGCGCGCCGGGCUCGUGCGGCGCGGGCGGCGCGUGCGGCUGCGGGCUGAACUGCGCCGCGCGCCGCGCCUGUGCGCCCGACCACUUCCUGUGCGACACGCCCGACGCGCACUGCAUCCCGCUCGAGUGGAAAUGUGACGGACAACGCGACUGCCCCGACGGGUCGGACGAGGCUCGCUGCGACGCCUGCGCCGGGCUGCGCUGCGCGGACGGCUCGUGCGCCGCCGCCCUCGGGGCCUGUGCCACCGGCGCCUACUGCGCGCAUAAACCGCUCCCCGACGCGUUCAGAUGCGACGAGCGCCUGUGCCUGGCGCCGCGCCUGCUGUGCGACGGGCGCGCGCACUGCGAGGACGGCGCGGACGAGGCGGGCGCGGCGUGCGGCUACGUGCACAAGGAGCAGGCGGGGCGCGGCGGCGGCUCGCACGCGCUGCUGGCGUGCGGCGCGGCGGCGGCGGCGGGCGCGGCGCUGGCGGGCGCGUGGGCGGCGCUGCGCCGCGUGCGCCGCGCGCGCCGCCGCCCGCCGCCGCCGCGCGCCUUCGCGCUCGUCAAGCCCGCGCCGCCGCGCGCGCGCUCCGACCGCACGUCCGACGAACUGAGCGCGACGGGCUCCGGCUCGUGCUCGGGCUCGGCAUCGGACAGCCUGUGCGGCCGCUACCCGCGCCCCACCGCCAACCCCCCGCCGAGCCCCGCCACGGCGGGCGGGCGCCGGCGCGCCUACCGCCACUACCGCGCCUGCAACCGGCCGCCGCCGCCCACGCCCGCCUCCACCGACGCCAACGAGUCGGAGCCCGAGCCCGCCGCGCGCGCGCCGCCGCCCUCCCCCGCGCCGCUGCUCUACUGACCGCCACCCGUACGCCUGCUUGAGACACUUCAAUGCUCGAUGGUUUUUUUUAUGGUACUGGGAGGCGGAGGGGCAAAUGGGCCACCUGAUGUAAGAAAUAUUAACCAUUCCUUGCAUCGCUAUUGCGUCUCUAAUCAUUGGAACGACGUUGUUACGUCUCUUGCCUAUAUGUGGGUGGUACCUACCCAGACGGGUUUGCACAAAGCCCUACCACCGAGUUUUGCUAGAUAGAUAAAUGCGCUUAACAAAAUAAUCCCUUUGUCGGCUCCUACAAAACCCAGGGCUCGACCCUUGGGUUAGGGUUAUAGGAUUCUAUUCUACUUUGUCAGAACCACAUAUCGUAGCUAAGAAAAACUAUAUUCUUUGAUUAUUAACGACCAUUAUAAUAAGAUUUGUUGCCGGUUGUAGAAUGUGAAGAUAUAGUCGAGAGGUGCUUCUAAUCGAGUCAACUUAUGUGACAUUCUAAAUUUCUUCGAAAACAUACUUUGUUUUGAUGGUUCGAGUUUGUAGGUCAAUAGAUCGAUCGCCGAGUCAAAUAAAUAGUUAAAUAAAUUAUAUUUAGAAGUCCAUAUAUUGUGUAUUCUAAUACAUCUGUACAAAAGUCUUGUUUUGAGGAAGUUCAGGGGGCGGAUGCAAUUAUCAAAUGAUAAUAAAAGUGAUUGAUGGUAUGCAGAUGUCAUUUGAAAUUGCUCCGAUUACAAGAUACGCCCUAUGAAUUGAACAUACGCCCAUUCUGUAUAAAUAAAUAUGUUUUCUGUAGGUAUUAAAAUGAAAAUAAUCAUGAAAACAGUUUUUAUUGUUACACCUGGGUUUCAAACUAUGUAUAACUAUCGAAUUGCAAGAUAAGUUGCAACCAUCUACUUGUAUUUUAAGAAACUUAUUAAAAUAGAAAAAUUUACUAAUAAACAAGUUUAAUGACAACUUCUGAAAUUUGGAACAUAUGUUUAUUUUAUAAAGUAAGUAUCCGCUAAGAAAAGAUUUUUGGAAAUUUCAAAUUUAAGAGAGAAAUUGGGGCGUAACUUUAUAUAGGAGUAGCUAUAUUAAUUUUACUCGUACGAAGUUGAGAUGGGCGAGCUAUUAUAACAAUACUUACCAUCGAAAAAAAAUUAUGUGUGAAAUAAAUACUAACAUUUUUUUUUACGAAAUUAUUAAAUUCACAUAAUUAUAUAUAUAUUCGUAAGUUAACUAACUUGAAAGCCUAUUAACAUAUAAAAUAGAAUAUUGUAAAUAUAUGAAAAUGAAUAUCGAAUCACAUUGAUAAACUAAAAUGUUUUGUUAUAAUAUAAAAGUACAAAUUAUGUAUGGUUAUAACAAUUUGAACAGAAAAGAGCUAAACUAAAUAACUAUCAAUAAAGAUACUGUGUUAUAUAUUCUAGGAACUCGGUCAUGAAAUGUUUACAAUCAUCAAAAUAUAAAAUGCCUGUAUGUUAUUAAUAUAAUUUGUGUUUGUAAUUCAUCUCGUGCUUGACGGUGAAGGAAAACAUCGUGGGAACACCUGCAUGUGUCUAAUUUCAUUGAAAUUCUGCCACAUGUGUAUUCUACCAACCCACGUUAGAGCAUUUUGGCGGAAUAAGCUCCAAACCUUCUCCUCAAUAGGUAGAGGAGACCUUAGCCCAGCAGUGGGACAUUAAUAGGCGUUACUGUUUAUAUGUUAUUAUUAUUAUUGAUAUGUAACAUAUCAUUUUUUUUGUCAUUUCUAUGGUGUUUUUUAGUCAACUUUAGAGGUUGUUCUCACAGAACUGCUCUACAGUUACUGCAUCCAAAAAAUUACAAAUACACUCAUUUUCAAUAUGUAAAUCUACUCAACAGUCAUAUUCAUAUUAAUGUUUUAUCUUAGAAUAUGGCCUUAUACAUUAAAGAUUAACUUAAAAAAUAAUCAUAAUUAUAUCAGAUUCGAUAAAUAUUUAUAAUAAAACAAGUUGUUUUGUUAUUUUUUUUUAUAUAAUAAUACACCAUUAAUGUAUGUCUUAGUUGAUUUUAAAACUGUUCAAAGCAUCAGAUU